AGCCGCGACGGGUCGCGCUGGGACGGGCGUCGGGGGCGCGGGGCGCCCGGCGGGCGAGAUGCGGCGGAGCUGGGUCUUCGUGCUGUUGGACGUGCUGUGCGUGCUGGUCGCUUCUCUACCCUUCGCCGUCCUCACGCUGGUGAACACUCCGUACAAGCGCGGAUUCUACUGUGGAGAUGAGUCCAUCCGGUACCCCUACCGCCCAGAUACCAUCACCCACGGGCUCAUGGCCGGGGUCAUCAUCACAGCCACUGUGGUGCUCGUGUCGGCGGGGGAGGCCUACCUGGUGUACACAGACCGUCUCUAUUCCCGCUCCGAGUUCAACAACUAUGUGGCGGCCGUGUACAAGGUGCUGGGCACCUUCCUGUUUGGAGCUGCGGUGAGCCAGUCGCUGACGGACCUGGCCAAGUACAUGAUUGGCCGCCUGCGCCCCAACUUUCUGGCUGUGUGCGACCCUGACUGGAGCCAGGUGAACUGCUCGGUGUACGUGCAGGUGGAGGAGGUGUGCAGGGGGAGCCCUGCCAACGUCACCGAGGCCAGGCUGUCUUUCUACUCAGGACACUCCUCCUUCGGCAUGUACUGCAUGGCCUUCCUGGCGCUGUACGUACAGGCACGGCUCUGCUGGAAGUGGGCACGGCUGCUGCGGCCCACGGUUCAGUUCUUCCUGGUGGCCUUUGCGCUCUACGUGGGCUACACCCGAGUGUCCGACCACAAGCACCACUGGAGUGACGUUCUCGUCGGCCUCCUGCAGGGGGCGCUGGUUGCUGGUUUUACUGUCCGCUACGUCUCAGACUUCUUCAAGCCCCGGCCUCCGCGGCCCUGCCAGGAAGAGGGGCCGGAGCGGAAGCCCAGCCUGUCCCUGACGCUGACCCUCGGCGAGGCCGAGCACAAUCACUAUGGGUGCCGCGGCCUCCAAAGCCAGGAUUACAGUGGUGGCUUUGGCUCCGACAGCGGAAGCAACCGCAGUAAACGCAGCCGUCCCUGUGGUGACGCGGACGGUGCUGGUGCUGGGCCGGCCGGUGAAGACCGCGGAGUGGAGGAAGCUGGGGGGCAGAGGAGGGAGGAACUGUGCUGGCCAGAGCCACCCCCAGAGGGCUCUUGGAGCCAGAGGGGCCGCGGUGUUUGGGGGGACAGUGAUGUCGGCAGAAGCAGAGGCGGCAUCCCAGACUGAGCAGGGGAAGCGGGUGUGAGUCCGGGCCCCGCGCCCGCUCCUGGGAGGCCCGUGGAGGGCGUUCUCACCGUGGGGGGCGCGGGAGAUCCGAGCCGUUUUGUCUCCCGCCCGCCAGCAUUUCUCAGCCUCCGGAGUUCUCACUCACAGGUGCCGGUCUGCCGGGUCCGUUAGGUGCAGGGUGAGGCUGGGGUGGAUUUGCACGAAACCUGCUUGUGUUUCUCCGUGCACACUGACGUGUGGCCCGCGUUGGUGACUGUGAAUUCUUCGCAUUGAUUGUGUAGCUGCUCACAUGCUGCUCCCCUCACCGUGUCUGGAACUACAUGAAGACUGCCUGAGGAGAAUUUCCUCACUUGAAAACACUAUUACUUUUACCCUCAGUGGGGCACAGUGUUUCCUGUCUCAUUCCCCAAACGAAUCCCUAUUAAGUUGGAACAAUGUAAAAUGCUAAUUUAAAAAAAGAUUAUUUUGAUUUUUAAAGUAGUUAUUUAUUUGGAAAAGUCACAGGAAAAAAAAAAAAAAGCAGAUUAUCCACCUGCUGGCUCACUCCCCGGAUGGCUGCAGCAGCCAGGGCCGGGCCAGGCCACAACCAGGAGCCAGGAGCCGGGAGCUCCGUCCUGACCGCCCACGUGUGGCAGGGGCCCAUCACCGCUGCCUUCCCAGGCCAUCGGCAGGGAGCUGGGUCCGGACUGGAGCUGCCACUCUGCUAGGGGUCCCAGCAUCGACCAUGGAGGCCUCCCCGACGGGGACGUGACACUGGCUCCUGCAUCUGUGAUGUGACCUCGUGAGGGACGCUGGCAGUGCCGGGCUCCUGAGUGGUCCACACGGCCUGGGCGUCUUCUCCCCAGCUGCGAGUGGCAGUGGUGCAGCCCCUCUGAGAAGGGACGUGUGUGCUCCUGGCCUCUUUUGGGAAGGGGCACCCUUGCUGUGGCUCACCCAGCAGGCUGCUGCCUGGUCCCGUGUGUGCGGCAGCCUCACAUCUAUGUGGUGGAGGUAUCGCAGGGUAGGAAACCCUGGAGAAGGAGUGAGGCCAGGUGUGUGGUGCAGGCAUUGCCAAAGCGAGUUUGAUUACUCAGAAUCGAGUUCCAGCAGUGGACGUAGCAAAUGAACCAACCCGGUGAGUGGAGACGCACCUGUGACUUGAUGAUGUCCCCUGGACACAGCCCGGGCAGGGCGAGUGGAGCCAGCUUGCUGCACGGGCCCACAUGCCUAGUUGGGAAUGCAUAGGAGCGAUAUAGGGGCAGGGUCCAUGUUUGGGAUAGUUGGAGAAAAGUCCAAUCCUUGUUUCCCGGAUGGCGACACGCAAGCAACUACUGAGAUGUCCCGGGGAAUUAGUGGUGUGUUACCUAGGUGGUCCCCAGCUCUGCAUUAGUGGUGUGUUACCUGGCUGGUCCCCAGCUCUGCAUUAGAGGUGUGUUACCUGGCUGGUCCCCAGCUCCGCA